AUGCACAUUGAAAAUCCAUUUCUCUCUGUUAUCUAGACCUAGUUCGUGCCUCAAAAUAAUCCUCCUUUGCCCAAUUAAUAGAGGAAGGAGAUUGGCGAUUAAGCCAUCUGGACUUUAUCAUCGGCUAAGACGGGAAAUGGAGUAGAUCAAUUAAGAGAUGAUAAUUUGAAUACAUUCUGGCAAUCUGAUGGCACGCAACCCCAUAACAUCACAAUACAAUUUCUUAAGAAAAUGAGAGUUUAAGAAGUAGCUGUUUAUUUAGAUUUCAAAUAAGAUGAAAGCUACACUCCCAAUAAAUUAUCAAUUCGAGCAGGAACUAAUAUUCAAGACAUGAAAGAAGUACUCUACAUUGAAUUGAAAGAACCAUAUGGAUGGUUUGUAUUUCAACUUAAAACCAAAUUACUUAAUGGAUAGGAAAAACCUUAUGUGUCGACAAUUAACAUCUAAGUAGUAGUUUUAUAAAAUUAACACAGUGGAAAAGAUACACAUAUCAGACAAGUAAGAAUAUUUGGACCAAGAGAGAAACAAAACUAAGGGUUAAGUUUUCCAGAUUUCAAAAUGCCAGAAAUUACUUAAUAUGCUUCGAUUCGUUGA